CGCCCGUGCUGGGCAGCGGUACCCGAGCUCUUGCGCAGUUGUGCCAGCCCCGCGGGCCACACUGCGGCGGCCUCCGCCCUCGAGACCGGCCGGUGCAGGCCGCGCACAUCAGACAGGACCUACACGUAGCCGUUCCUGUCAACCGUGAGCGCUGGGGAGGAAACAAGCAUUCACGGAGAAGUUGUCUUGGAAGUCAAGUCGGAGCCGACAGCUUUUCUGCUCAUAUCCGCUUGAGGGCAAAGAUGCUGGAGGCAGAUCUGGUUUCAAAGAUGCUAAGGGCUGUCCUGCAGUCGCAUAAGAACGGGAUAGCACUACCCCGGCUCCAAGGAGAGUACCGGUCUCUGACUGGAGACUGGAUCCCCUUCAAGCAGCUGGGCUACCCUACUCUAGAAGCCUACCUGCGGAGCGUGCCAGCGGUCGUCAGGAUAGAGGCUAGUAGAUCCGGAGAGAUUGUCUGCUAUGCUGUAGCCUGCACAGAAACUGCAAGGAUCGCUCAGCUUGUGGCUCGUCAGAGGACCUCUAAAAGGAAAACAGGGCGACAAAUUAAUUGUCAGAUGAGAGUGAAGAAAACCAUGCCAUUCUUUCUAGAAGGGAAACCGAAGGCAACCCUCAGACAACCAGGAUUUGCCUCAGAUUAUUCUAUCAGCAGGAAGCCUAAUUCAGCGCUGUUAAGAGACAAAGGAAGCACCUUGGGAGUUAAGGCUGAUAUGGACAUGCCGCCUUACCCAGACAUGCCAGUGCAGAGGCAUGUGAGCAUGUCUGCCAACAGCAGGUUCAGUCCGAAGUCAUCCUUGCCAGCUCCUUUCCAGACACACGUCUCAAGGCCCUGCCCGAAGGAAGUGAAUGAUAAUUUAAAUCAGACUGUUGAGAAACCAAAUGUCACGCCUCCUGCCUCUUACCCUAAUAAGAUGGAUGAGGUUCAGAACCGCAUAAAGGAGAUAUUAGACAAGCAUAACAAUGGCAUUUGGAUAUCUAAGCUUCCACAGUUUUACAAAGAGUUUUAUAAAGAAGACCUUAACCAAGGAGUUUUACAGCAGUUUGAACACUGGCCUCACAUUUGCACGGUGGAAAAACCGUGUGGUGGUGGCCAAGAUUUACUUCUUUAUCCUGCCAAGAGAGAGCAGCCCUUGAGAAGUGACCAGGACCCCGAGAAGGAGCUCCCUCCUCCACCUCCUGCUCCUAAGCAGGAGGUGCCAUCUAAAGGGAGCCCAGCAGUGAUGCCAGAUGUCAAGGAGAAAGUGGCAGAGCUGCUGGGGAAGUACUCAAGUGGCCUUUGGGCAAGUGCGCUCCCCAAGGCAUUUGAGGACAUGUAUAAAGUCAAGUUCCCUGAGGAUGCCUUAAAAAAUCUUGCCUCACUCUCUGAUGUGUGCACCAUAAACUACAUUUCUGGAAACACCCAGAAGGCAAUUCUCUAUGCGAAACUCCCGUUGCCUACUGACAAGAUCUUAAAGGAUGAAGGGCAAGCACAAGGAGAUUUUGACAUCAAAUCGAUGAUUGAACAAGAGUAUUUGCAGAUAGAAAAAAACAUGGCUGAAAGUGCUGAUGACUUUGUGGAGGACAUAACUGUGCCGCCCCUGAUAAUCCCAACCGAGGCCUCCCCAUCUGUGUUGGUGGUUGAGCUGAGCAACACAAACGAUGUGGUUAUCAGGUAUGUAGGUAAAGACUACUCAGCUGCUCAGGAACUGAUGGAGGAUGAGAUGAAGGAAUAUUACAGUAAGAACCCCAGAGUCACACCAAUCCAGACCGUGCAUGUGGGGCAGCUGCUGGCAGUCAAUGCAGAGGAGGAUGCCUGGUUACGAGCACAGAUCAUCUCCACGGAUGAGAACAAGAUAAAGGUGUGCUAUGUUGACUAUGGCUUUUGUGAAAACAUUGAGAAGAGUAAAGCAUACAGACUGAACCCACGGUUCUGCUCUCUGUCCUUUCAAGCUACAAAGUGCAAGCUAGCAGGGUUGGAGAUUCUGAAUGAUGAUCCCGACCUUGUGAAGGUGGUGGAGUCGUUAACGUGUGGGAAGAUCUUUGCUGUGGAGAUCCUGGAUAAGUCCGAUAUCCCGCUGGUAGUGUUGUAUGACACUUCAGGAGAAGAUGAUAUCAACAUCAAUGCCACCUGCCUGAAGGCCAUAUGUGACAGAUCUCUGGAAGUUCAUCUCCAGGUGGAUGCCAUGUACACAAAUGUCAAAGUGACUAACAUUUGCUCUGAUGGGACACUCUACUGCCAGGUGCCGUGCAAGGGUCUGAACAAGCUCAAUGACCUCCUGCACAAGACAGAGGACUACUUCCACUGCAAGCACAUGACCUCUGAGUACUUCAUCUCGCUACCCUUCUGUGGGAAGAUCUGCCUCUUCCAUUGCAAAGGGAAAUGGUUACGAGUGGAGAUCACUAACGUUCACAGCAGCCGUGCACUCGACGUUCAGUUCCUGGACUCUGGCAAUUCGACAUCCGUCAAAGUGUCAGAACUCAGAGAAAUCCCUCCUCGGUUCCUGCAGGAAAUGCUUGCCAUCCCCCCUCAGGCUAUAAAGUGCUGUUUGGCUGAUCUUCCACAGUCCAUUGGCAUGUGGACACCAGAUGCUGUUCUUUGGUUAAGAGAUUCUGUUUUGAAUUGCUCAGACUGUAGUAUUAAGGUUACAAAAGUGGAUGAGACCAAGGGGGUUGCCUAUGUGUACUUAUUCACUCCCAAGAACUUCCCGGAUCCCCAUCGCAGCAUUAACCGGCAGAUCACAAACGCAGACCUGUGGAAGCAUCAGAAGGAUGUGUUUCUGAGCGCUGUGUCUGCCGCAGCCAGCUCCCCUGGCAGCAGGAACGGCAGCACACCUGCUCCAGGCAGCCCUGCAGAGAGUCUCAGAAAGAGCCACCCAGAGGCCGUCAGAAAGGCAGUUCUGGACCACACCAGCUCUUUCUCCCUGGAGGAGCUGCCCCCUCCUGUCCACCUGUCAAAGUCAGGGGAACACAUGGAUGUGUACGUGCCCGUGGCCUGUCACCCAGGCCAUUUUGUCAUCCAGCCUUGGCAGGAGGUCCAUAAGCUGGAAGUGCUGAUGGAGGAGAUGAUCCUGUACUACAGUGUGUCUGAGGAGCGGCACACCGCGCUGGAGAGAGGCCAGGUGUACGCGGCCAAGGUGGAGAAUAAGUGGUACAGGGUGCUUUUGAAAGGAAUCCUGACCAACGGGCUGGUGUCUGUGUACGAGCUGGACUAUGGCAAGCAUGAGCUCGUCAACAUAAGGAAAGUGCAGCCCCUAGUGGACGUGUUCAGAAAGCUGCCGUUCCAGGCAGUCACCGCUCAACUUGCAGGCGUGAAGUGCAGCCAGUGGUCGGAGGAGGCUUCGAUGGUGUUUCGAAAUCACGUGGAGAAGAAACCCCUGGUGGCAUUGGUACAGACAGUUAUUGAGCACACUAACCCUUGGGACCGGAAAGUAGUGGUCUAUCUAGUGGACACGUCGCUGCCAGACACUGAUACCUGGAUUCAUGACUUUAUGUCACAGUAUCUGGUAGAGCUUUCAAAAGUUAAUUAAUCACUGCUUUUGAGACCUUGACAGCUAGUACAGAUUGUUCUCUAAGCAAUAAUACAAAUGUGUAGUAGGGUCUUAAAACAUCUUAUUUUUACUACAUGGCUCUGACUGUUGUGGAGGAUUGAAAAGAAUAUGCUUUGUUUGAUGAAAGAUAUUUAACAAGUUUUGUUUAACGCAGUUGACUUUUCAAAGAAAAAUUGCACUUGAAUUAUUAAUAUAAUAUUAGAAUAAAGUGUUUAGCAAUGUAAAA